UUUGACUGAAUUAACACUCUGUUCCCGCUUAAAAAUGGAAAAAUCAAACAAAAGGCCCAAGAAUAUCUUAAAAUUAGAUGAGACUGUUGUCAAUCGAAUUGCGGCUGGAGAAAUUAUUCAACGACCUGCAAAUGCCCUCAAGGAAAUGUUGGAGAAUUGUUUGGAUGCGGGUUCUACAUCGAUUCAAGUGACCGUGAAAGACGGUGGUCUGAAACUAUUGAAGAUUCAAGAUAAUGGAAGUGGAAUCAAUAAGGAAGAUUUUGCGAUUGUAUGCGAACGUUUCACUACUAGUAAACUGCAAAAAUUUGAAGACCUGAAUGCCAUUGGUACUUUUGGGUUUCGAGGGGAAGCAUUGGCGUCUAUCUCACAUGUUGCCCAUUUGACAAUCAUAACCAAAACCAGUGAAAUGCAAUGUGCUUACAAAUGUUCCUAUCAUGAUGGAAAGCUUGUUGGAGCACCCAAACCGUGUGCAGGAACACAGGGUACUCAAAUAGUGGUAGAAGACCUUUUUUAUAAUGUUCCUACUCGAAAGAAUUCUCUGAGAUCUCCUUCAGAGGAGCAUAACAGAAUUAUAGAAGUUGUCACUCGAUUUGCUGUGCACAAUGCUUCAGUUGGAUUCAGCCUAAAGAAGUUAAAUGAUAAUGGGUCAGAUGUGAGGACAUCUCCAAAUUCAACACAAGAAGAUAACAUCAGAAUUCUCUACGGACAUGCUGUGGCUAAAGAUUUAAUUAAACUUCAAGUAGAAGACCCAAGUCUUAAAGUUAAAGUAAACGGCCUGAUAUCCAAUGUUGACUAUUCCGGAACGAAAUUCACCAUACUGUUAUUCAUAAACCACCGCCUUGUGGAAUCUACGCCGCUGAAGAGAGCACUGGAUAGCGUCUAUGCAACUUAUCUCGCUAAAGGAAAACACCCUUUCGUUUAUUUGAGCAUAGAAAUUGCUCCCAAUUGCGUCGACGUUAAUGUUCAUCCCACCAAGCACGAGGUGCAUUUCCUGAACGAAGAUGCCAUAAUACAUAAGAUUCAGUCGUCAGCAGAUAUGUUGCUGAAAGCUGCUAGUACGUCGAGAAGUUUUGCUGUACAGACUGUCAUUCCGCCGAUUAGUUUCCUUGACAAACAGCAUAGUAAAGUUGCCGGUGCCAAAGUUUACGACAAGCAACUUGUUAGAACCGACAGCCGUGAUCAGAAAAUCGAUAAAUUUCUGUCAACAACCAUGGAGUCGAUGCCAUUGUCGUCAUCAAGUGAAUGUAAUUUUAUCAAUCAAACUUCUAUGGAGUCCUUUGAGGAGCCUGUCGCCGCAGGUUUCCAGCAGAAAGAAACUGAAAAACGUAUACCUUCGGAAGCUGAAAGAGAAAUUCAAGGAGUUCCAGAUUGCAGCGAUAGUACAAUGAGACAUCGCGGCUCAACUGCACAGGGAAUCGUCGAAAGACGCCAGUUUGAACUUACCAGUCUCACCCAGUUGCGUGAAGAUGUAAAGAAAAAUACCGAUCAAGUGUUGCGUGAUACUUUUAAAGAUUCAAUAUUCGUCGGUUGCGUGAGUGAGAAGCAUUGCCUCAUUCAAUAUGGAACGCGUCUCUACAUAUUUCACAUGGAAAGAGUUGCAGAGGAAUUCUUUUAUCAGAGAUUUCUUGAUGAAUUUGGCAAUUGCGGUGUUAUUUGUCUAUCGGAUCCUCCUCCGUUGUACAAUCUUGCCCUAAUGGCGUUGGACCAGGAAGAGAAUGCAUGGCAUCCAGAUGACGGACCGAAGGACCACCUGGCGAAUCUGGCGAGUCAGCUUUUGUUUUCCAAAUCGGAGAUGCUAGAUGAUUAUUUUAGCCUGCAAAUUAACGAAAAACGACACCUUGUUGCCAUACCAUUACUUCUGGUGGAUUAUAUUCCGGACCUUACUCAAUUUCCAUCUUUUGUUUUGCGACUGGCGUCUGAUGUUGAGUGGAACGUGGAAAAAGAUUGCUUUGAUACCAUCUGUCGAGUCAUGGCUCGAUUCUACCGAAAACCCAACGACCAUAAAGUCCUCAACGUUGGUUCAGAUAAAGACUGGAAGUGGACGGUGGAGCAUGUUCUCUAUCCUGCCAUAAAAGCUUCAUUACUUCCUCCCAAAACAUGGAUAAAUGACGGCACCAUCUUACAGAUUGCCGACCUUCCUGAUCUCUACAAAGUAUUUGAGCGAUGCUGAGAAACAUUAAUCGUGGUAGCCCCGACUAUUCCGAUACCAACGUGUCGAGCAAGCGUUCUACAUCAAACAACAGACACUUACCUGAUAAGCUACGUCCGAAGUCAUAAUCAACAAAUUUCAAAAUCAA